AUGAUGGCUUCUUCAAUGAAUAAAUCUAUUAGCGAUGCACCAAAUAAGGGUGAAGAAACCUAUCAACUUCUCGAACAACUUGAUCACAUUCUUAAACGACCUGAAACAUAUAUUGGUUCAAAUAAACCAUGCCAAGAAGAAAUGUGGAUUCUUGAUGAAAAAGGAGAAGAAGGCCCGAGAAUUGUCAAAAAGGAAAUUACCUAUGUACCGGGCCUCUACAAAAUUUUCGAUGAAAUUCUUGUGAAUGCGGCUGACAAUAAACAACGUGACACAACAAUGACAUCAAUUGAUGUUGAUAUCAAUCAAGAAAAAGGUGAAAUAAAAAUUUGUAAUGAUGGUCGUGGUAUUCCUGUUCGUAAAUGGGCACAAGAUGAAUCCAUCUACAUUCCAACAUUAAUUUUUGGCAAACUACUCACAUCAGAUAACUUCAAUGAUGACAACAAACGAAUUACUGGUGGUCGAAAUGGUUAUGGUGCCAAAGUAACAAAUAUUUUUAGUAAAAAAUUUACUAUUGAAACAUGUUCAAAAGAGUAUAAAAAGUUAUUUAAACAAACGUGGACAAAUAAUAUGCGUGAUCCACAAGAUGCCAUCGUAACUAAAACAAGUGAUAAUCCAAAAGAAUUUACUCGCAUAACAUUUGUACCCGAUUUAAAACGAUUUCAAAUGGACAAAUUCGAUGAUGAUCUUGUUGCAUUAUUCAAAAGACGUGCUUAUGAUGUAGCUGUAUCAACUGGUUGUAAAGUAACACUCAAUGGCAAACGUAUUCCAGUAAAAAAUAUGAAAGAUUAUAUGUUAAUGUAUAUUGAAGCAACAGAAAAAGAAAUUGCUUAUAAAAAAGUGAGUGAACGUUGGGAAAUUGGUGUUGCAAAAAAUGAUCAUAAUAAUGGUUUUACACAAGUUAGCUUUGUUAAUUCAAUUUUAACUUCGGAAGGUGGUAAGCAUGUUGAUUAUAUAACAGAACAAAUCUGUCCAAAACUUAUUGAACACAUCAAAAAGAAAAGUAAAGCCGCUGGAGAAAAUCUUAAGCCGAUGCAAGUUAAAUCCCAUUUAUUUGUCUUUGUUAAUUGUUUAAUUGAAAAUCCGGAAUUCGAAUCACAAGCAAAAAAACAAUUAGCAACUGAACGUAAACAUUUUGGUUCCACAUGUUCAUUGAAAGACGAUGAAAACUUUUUAAAAGAUAUUCUUAAAAAAACUGGUAUUGUUGAGUCAGUUAUCAAUUGGCUUGAACAUCGGCAAGAUGCAAAACUACAAAAACAAAGUGGAACAAAAACAUCGAAAUUAAAAGGCAUACCAAAAUUAGAUGAUGCAAAUGAUGCUGGAACAAAAAAUUCUCAAUAUUGUACAUUAAUUGUAACUGAAGGAGAUUCAGCCAAAGCACUUGCAGUAGCUGGCCUUGGUGUUAUUGGUCGUGAUCGUUAUGGUGUCUAUCCGUUAAAAGGUAAAAUGUUAAAUGUUCGAGAAGCAACAACUAAAAAAAUGACCGAAAAUAGUGAAGUUUCACAGCUAGUUAAAAUUCUUGGUUUAAAUUAUGGUGAAAAAUAUGCAAAUAAAAAUGAUAUAACUAAAUUACGUUAUGGAAAACUAAUGAUUAUGGCUGAUCAAGAUCAAGAUGGCAGUCAUAUUAAAGGUCUUGUGAUCAAUUUUAUACAUUAUAAAUGGCCAAAUUUACUCAAACAUGAUUAUAUUGAAGUAUUUAUUACACCAAUUUUAAAGGUUACCAAAGGUAAUGAUGUAAUUCCAUUUUAUUCUAUGCCUGAAUUCGAACAAUGGCAAUCGUCAACACCGAAUUGGCAAAAAUGGAAAUGCAAAUACUACAAAGGUUUGGGUACAUCUACAGCUAAAGAAGCAAAAGAAUAUUUUUCUAAUAUGGAGCGGCAUCGUAUUUUAUUUAAAUAUGAUUCAAUUAAAGAUGAUCUAGCUAUUCAAUUAGCAUUUAAUAGUGCUCUAAGUGACGAUCGUAAAGAUUGGAUAAAAUGGCAUACAGAAGAUGUUAAUCAAAGACGUGAACAAAAUUUACCAGCCGAUUAUUUAUAUAAAAAAGAUACGAAACAAAUUAAUUUUAAUGAUUUCAUUAACAAAGAGCUUGUUCUUUUUUCCAAAUCAAGUACAGAACGUGCAAUUCCAAGUAUUAUGGAUGGCUUCAAACCAGGUCAACGUAAAAUCAUGUUCGUUUGUUUUACAAAAAAUUUAAUACGCGAAAUAAAAGUAGCACAAUUAGGCGGUAAAGUAGCCGAAAAUUCUGCUUAUCAUCAUGGUGAACAAUCUUUAACAAAUACCAUUGUUGGUCUCGCACAGAAUUUUGUUGGUUCAAAUAAUAUUAAUUUUCUUGUACCAGCUGGUCAAUUCGGCACACGUUUACAUGGUGGCAGUGAUGCAGCUUCAGCACGUUAUAUUUUUACUCGACUUAGUACACUUGCUUUAUCAUUGUUUAUUAAAAAUGAUGAACCAUUAUUAACAUAUUUAAAUGAAGAUGGUAUGAGUAUUGAACCUGAAUGGUAUUGCCCAAUAAUUCCUACUAUUCUUGUGAAUGGUGCGAAUGGCGUUGGUACUGGCUAUUCAACUGAUAUACCAUCCUAUAAUCCAUUAACGUUAAGUAAUAAUAUGAAGUAUUAUAUUCGUCAAGAACGUGAACGACAACGUCAAUUAAAUGAUCCAACGGCUACACCAAAACAGUACCCGGAUGUGGUUAGAUUAGAAGAAUUAGUUCCAUGGUAUAAAAAUUUCACCGGUGAAAUUAGAUUAUUAGAUAAUGAUCGUACACGUGGUGUUAUUAAUGGUGUUUGUGCUAAACUUGAUGAAACAUCUAUUGAAAUAACUGAUUUACCGAUCGGUACUUGGACACAAAACUACAAGGAAAAUGUUCUUGAAACAAUGCUUCAUCCAAAACGAAAUGAUAUUGUCCCAAGUAUUCUUGAUUAUAAAGAAUACCAUACUGAUACGACUGUUCGUUUUGUUGUCAAAUUAUCACCAGCACAAUUUGUUAAAUUUAAUGAAGGUGGUCUUCAUAAAAGUUUUCGUUUACAAGAAACAUUUAAAUUAACAAAUAUGGUUCUUUUUGAUCAUCACGGUAUCUUACAUCGUUACAAAAGUCCUGAAGAAAUUUGUCAAGAGUUCUUUAUGGUUCGUCUUAAAAUGUAUGUUAAACGAAAAGAAUAUAUGGUUGGAACAUUACAAUCACAAUGUUUAAAACUAGAUAAUAUAGCACGAUUUAUUAAAGAAAAAAUCGAAAAUCUCAUUAGUGUUGAAAACAAAAAGAUAAGCGCAGUCGUUGACAUGCUUAUUGAACGUAAAUAUGAUCGAGAUCCAGAAAAGGUUUGGCGUGAAGAAGCAAAAAAAAAGUUUGCUGUUGAUAUUCAAGCAAAUAAUUCAAAUGAUAAUCAAGAUCCAUCAGAUGAUCGGCGACAAAAUGCUGACGACAACGACGAAGAUGAUGAAAAUGACGACGAUGAAAAUACGAGUAAAAAAGCAAAAGCAACUACAGUGGCAACGGCAAAUAAAGUCGAUACAACUUAUUAUGAUUAUUUGAUUAAUAUGUCAUUGCGUAAUUUAACAAAAGAGCGACGAAAUGAUAUUCUUAAAGAGCAACAAGAAAAGCAUGAAAAACUUGAAGCUUUACAAAAGAAAAGUCCUGAAGAUUUAUACGAUGAUGACCUUAGCAAUUUUGAAGCUGAAUAUCACAAAGUAAUGGAAAAAGAGCGCGUUGAUGAAAUGUCUGAAGUAGCUCAUUAUACAACCAAAAAAGUUGGCGGUACCACUGCUAAUGAUGGUAAAGGUCGUAAAAAGCCAGCAACUAAACCACAACGGGCUGAAACAAAACCUGCUCCACAUGGUCAACGUGUUCAACCAAUUAUUGAUCCAGCAUUUAUCAAAAAAGUUAACGAAGAAAUUAUGAAACGUAGUCGAGAAGAAAAAACUAUUGUUGAUAAACGAUCAAUUAUUGAAUACCUAGUGAAAGAAGGUGUCACAUCUCAAGAAAUAACUGAAAUCAUGCAAACACGUUGUAAAGAAAAAAAACGCAUCGGUAAUGCUACAGAAAAGAAAUCCAGUGAAACUACAAAAGAAAAGAAAAUGAACGAUGCCAUGGAUGACAAUAGCAAUACAUCAAUAAUUUCAAUUGAUGGAAAAGAUAACACUGAAAAUGUCAAAGAAGAAACAUCACCGAAACGUAAUGCAAAACGUACAGCAAAAGCAAAAGUCCUUAAGUAUGGUAGUGACGAAGAUAGUAAUGAAAACCAAGAAAAUAUGGAUGACGACGAUAAUGAUGAUGAUGCAUCAGAUUAUGCUGGUAGUGAUUCUGAUACGGAAAAGAAAAUUGAAAAACGAAAACCAAAAUCAAAGCCAAAACCAAAAUCAAAAUCACCCGAGACACAAAAUGCAUUAACUGUUCUCAUGCAAAAUCGACAAUCAAAUAAUGAAAAUAAAACCGAAAAGCCCAAAAAACCUCGAGCUAAAAAAGAAGUCGAUGUUGGAACAAAGAAAGAAACUGUUAAAAAAGAGACGAAAACAGCAAAACGACCCAAACCAGUAGUUGAGAGUGAUGAUGAUGACAUUGCCAUUGUUUCAACAUCACCUAAUACAACAAAAAAAGCUCGUACACAACGUGAUGGUGGUGCCAAAAAGAAUUAUCAUAUUUCAGAUGAUGACGAUUUCAAUUAG